AUGGGUAGAGCUGGUAACCUUGCGCAGCCAUGUUUCUUUCCGCCACUUAUCGCUCAGUUUGGGCGACAAUCAGGAGGAUCUGAGGUGGUCGAGCGGCGAGAAUCUGUCACUGUACCACUGAAAGAGCUAGAUAUACAAACGGCCUGGGCAGUAGUAUUGCGGACCUAUACGGCCGGAGAUCACAUUGGCUUCGGUUUAGUGGAUCUUGAAAAUCAAAAGAUAUCAGCAAGUGACUGGUCCGACUUGAGAGAACAGAUUGCUGUGUACGAAUCUACAAUCAAUAGCUUGACAGUAAUCCGCGAGCUUCUCCACGAUGGCAAACAGUCCAGCAAGUCUGAGGGCUCUGAAUCUAGCGACACGGCCAAUAAUACUCUGCACACGUCUAGCUGGCCGUUUAACUCAAUCGUCUGUAUAGAUCGUAAUGAUGCUCGAAAAGGAAACCAAUUCGUGCGGAUGUCACUGUCCGAUAUGUGCAGGGAGGCAUUGAACGAAUUUCAAAUUAUCGUCCGUAUCCAUCGCGAUGAACUUACCGGUUUACUGACAACCAUCAUCGAUUAUACGACCACGGUCCUCUCCUACGAGCAAGCGCGGGCCGUGGCAGGAACUCUGAACAAAACGAUAUCAGAAGUCGUUCAGCACACGAAUCAAACAGUGGCAACCCUGGACAUCUGCACUGAUUUCGACAUCCAGCAAAUGAUCGAAUGGAAUACACCCCCUUUGAGCAUGCCUCGCCUGGAACAGUGUGCAUUCCAACUCAUUUCCCAACGGUGCGUUGAGCAGCCCGAUGCAACGGCAGUUUCAGCAUGGGACGGUGAAAUGACCUAUGGAGAGCUACACCGGCGGUCCGCCGCACUCGCUGUUCAAUUAGCUGAGGUCGGAGUGGGCUCUGGAGUCUUUGUUCCUCUCUUUUUUGAGAAGUCCAAAUGGGCGGUGGUAGCGCUUCUCGGAGUGAUCAAGGCAGGGGGGGCUUUUAUUCUGAUCGAUAUCUCCUACCCACUGAAACGCAUUCGCACCAUCUGCCAGUCUGUGUCUGCAGAGGUUGCAGUUGCUUCCCCACAGCAUCAACUACUGGGACGGGAAAUCGUAGGGUUGGUCGUGGCAAUUGGAGAUGACUGCCCAGAAACCCCCAGCCUGCCUGCUUCUCCCAAGCUAUCCCUAAUACACUCUGGCACGCCUGAAAGUCCGCUCUACGUCGUUUUCACAUCUGGUAGUACGGGCGAUCCUAAGGGUGUGAUUAUAGACAAUGUCUCGUUCUGCUCAAUAUAUGAGACGGUUUCCCGCGCGUUCUCAUUUAGCCCUUCAACUCGACUGCUGCAAUUUGCUUCACAUGCCUUCACUUUAUGCAGCCGAGAGAUACUGCUAAUCCUAAUGGCUGGCGGUUGUUUAUGUAUUCCAUCCGAGGUGGAUCGUGUAAACGAUCUUGCAGGCUUUUUGUGUCGCCAUCGGGUUAACUUUGCUACCUUAACUCCAUCUGUGGCAGGUACUAUCUCUCCCUCCUCUGUUCCAUCUCUCCAGACAUUGCUUUUGGGAGGUGAGGCCGUAAAGCCAGCUCACAUUGCUACAUGGGCUGGUAAGGUCCACCUGAUGAUUGGGUAUGGGGCGAGUGAAAUCGCAGGCACAGCCAUCGUGGGGUCUAAUCUUCAGUUGGAUAACGAUCCCCGUAAUGUGGGUUUCGCCUGUGGUGCAGGUCUGUGGGUUGUGGAUGCUGAUAGCCCUGAUAAACUUGCGCCAGUUGGGGCAGUCGGGGAACUUAUAUUGCAGAGUCAUGGGCUCGCGAGUGGCUAUUUGAACGGUAAUGAACAAGUUAAUCAACCGUUCUUUCACGAGGCAAAAUGGCAGAAACGAUUGCCCAUGGAAGCCCGGAUCGCACGUCUAUACCGGACUGGGGACAUGUUUCGGUACAACAUGGACGGGUCUUUGUACUAUGUGGAGAGGAAGGACAACCAAGUGAAGGUAAACGGCCAGCGGAUAGAGCUGGGGGAUAUUGAAUCGCACAUUACCGCCUCUUGCACAAUGGUGCAUAGUUCGGUUGUCCUGCUGCUCCAACCUGAUCAGCAAGCUACCAGGUCAUUUCUAGUCGCCUUUCUCUGUCCUAAGGAACCUCCACGUUGGGGCACAACCACAAACAGCCCUUUAGCAAUUGUCGAAACCCCAAGUAGCCAAUUCUAUCUUGACAUUGAAAGGCUUUCCCGAGAGCUGCAGGAGUCUCUUCCAUCCUACAUGAUUCCAUCGAUCUUCGUUCCCCUUUCUUCUAUUCCCCUAACACUGACAGGAAAGGCCAAUCGUCGUCUCUUAUUGGAAACCGUGGCGAGAUGGCCAGAGGACAGAUUUGGUACAUAUCGUUGUGGGAGUCAAUCUUCGCCUACAUAUAAGGCCCCUGUUAAUCAACGAGAUGAUCAGAUUCGUCGCCUAGUUGCUACUGCCCUAAAGAAAAAGCCGGAGGCCAUUUCGAUGGGCAGCAGCUUCUUGGCCCUCGGUGGAGACUCCAUUUCCGCCAUGCGCCUGGUCACGCUAGCGAAGCAAGAGGGGCUAUAUCUCACUGUUGGUGAUAUCUUCAAUCACCCGAUCUUGUCAGACCUGGCGAGAGUUGCGCGAGAGGGCGCCAUCGAGGAGUUGCAGCCCAGAAAGGUCAAAUUCAAAGGGCUCAACUCAUACGAUGGACUCCUCCGACGGUUAGCCCCGGACAUAGCUGAUAAUAUCCAUGAAAUAAUCCCCACAACUGCAUACCAAAGGAUGACCCUGGCUGAACUACGUCCCAGAUACUUGCGCAUCGCUCUGCCUAGUAAUGUGGACCGGGACAGACUUCUCAGCGCAUGUCAGCAGCUACUAGAGAGACAUGCCAUCCUACGCACCAUUUUCGAAAUCGACAAUGAAACUAAUGCCUCUCAGGGCGAGGUGGUGCAGGUCAUACUCCGCCCAUACAAACUUAAAUUUGUUGAAUAUCAUGGUAUUGAUGACCUGGAUCAGCAUUGUCUAAAUGAGUCACUCAUGAGCCCUUCCUCGACUGGAGGAGGACUGCAAUUCCAGGCACAACUGCUCACCAUGCGGGACUCACGCCUUUUCCUGGUGCUUCGCUUUAUUCAUGCCCAGUAUGAUGGCAUAAGCCUCCCGAUUAUGAGUCAAGAUAUCUCCGCGGCUUAUAACCGUGUUUCCCCUGACCCAACUGCGCCAUUCUCCGACCACAUUCACGCUGUAUGGGCUAAUCACAACGAUGAAGGCCUUGAAGCCUGGAGGAGCAUUCUCAAAGGGUCAGAGAUGACCGCUCUGAAGCCAAAGCAGAUGGCCACCACGCAUGUGGAGAAGCCUGUACAUGAAGCACGUCCAGUCAAGGUGAUAAAACGGACACGACUAAUAUCUCCUCCCGAGAAUAUCACGAUGGCGUCCUUAGUGAAAGCCGCUUGGGCACUGGCAUUUGCAAAGUUUGUCUCCGCGAGAGAUCCUAUCACCUUUUGUGCUGAGGCUGUCGCCAAAGACAUCGUAUUUGGCCAGGUUGUCCAUGGCCGAGGUCUAGGCAUUACCCACGAGAACCGUAUCCUCGGGCCAUGUGUGAACACCGUCCCUGUCCGCGUCGGCCUUUCCAAGUAUACCAACAACCAUGACUUGCUGCACCAUGUCCAACAGCAACACCUCGCCACAAUGCCAUUCGAAAACAUCGGUCUGGAUGAUAUCAUCCGGAACUGUACGGACUGGAAGCCCGGAACUAAAUUCGGCAGCGUUCUGCGGUUCCAAAAUUUCGAUGCGAAUCUAUCAUGUGUUUUUGAUGGAGUUGCCCAUGACGCUUCUGUUUAUCAUCUUCCAAACCGGCCAUCGGAGAAGAUUCAUGUGAUCAUCAUGCCUUCUGAGAGUGAUAUGCGAAUUAUUAUGAAUGGGUAUGAUCAUGUUGUCGGUCAGAAAGAGGCGGCGGAUCUGGUGGAUAGCUUCUGCGCCGCAAUUGAAGAUCUGGCUAAGACACCUACGAAGUGA